AUGAGAUUAAACGAUUUAGUGUCUGAUGAUACUGACGCUGAUACUAUUCGAGGUGAUUCUUCAGAUGGAUCCGCAUAUUGUGAUAACAAUAACAAAAGAAAACGAGGAGGGCGAUCAGAAGAUGGAUUUGAUAGUUCCUCAAGUUCAGGAUUAUCUGAGCCUCCAAGUGACUCAUCUGACACAGAUUAUGAACAACCAAAAAAACCAAGAUCAACGCUAAAUUCAACAAUUAGAAACAGUCUAAAGCUUAAUAAUAAUACUGUUAUAAAUCAUCAUCAACAACAACCACCGCCAGCAAUUAAAAGAGGACGAGGAAGGCCGAAAAAAGAUCAAAGUUUAACAAUAGAACAUAUCAAUAAAGCUACUCGUGGACAUCGUGGACGAAUACCAAAACCGAAACCUGCUCCAAUAAAAAUUCCUUCUAAAGUAGGUCGUGCUAGACGGAAGAGUUUAGAUCCUCGCGAUGUGAUGGCCACCGAUAGAGCUGGUCAAACUAAUUUGCAUAUUGCAUGUCAACAGAAUAAUUUAGAGGCCGUUAAAGAUUUAAUUGACAGAGGGGCAGACAUCAAUGCUCAGGAUAAUAGUGAUUGGACUCCACUACACGAGGCAGCGUAUGCAGGACAUAUAGAAAUAGUAGAUUAUUUACUAGAGAAUGGUGCACGAGUCAAUGCUGUGGAUCAAGAAGGGGACACUCCUCUUCACGAUGCUUGUUAUCAGGAACACUCAAAAGUGGUAAAAUUAUUAUUAGAAUAUGGUGCAGAUAUAGAGAAGAGGAAUGACAAAAAUAAGAAACCGGAUGAACUUACUUCAAUAAAGGAAAUAUUAAUUUUACUACAUACACCAGUGAAUUGCCCUAAAAGUCCAAAAAUAAAAAAUACGCAGCCUCCAAUCACUCCAAGUUUGGCCAUAGCAUUUGAUUUACUACAAACAAAUGAACCGAAUUCACCUAUCACAAAAAAGCCCACGAGAGCAAAAAGUUCCCGCGAUGAUAUACCAAAAGUGCGUUCUUCUACACGGAAUCAACGUGCAUCCGUUCCAAAUGAUGCUCUUCGUUUAGAGCCUCGAUUCAAAGAUAAAGAAACUGGUCGAACACAUCUUCACAAUCAUGCAAAAAAAGGACGUGUUCAAGAAAUCAGUUUAUUAUUAGAAACUUAUGCGAAUCCAAACGCUGCUGAUUUCGAAGGGCGGACUCCACUUCAUGAUGCGGCAUUUGAAGGUCAUUUGGAUGCUAUAACUGUUCUUUUGGCUUUUCAAGGAAAUCCAAAUGCAAAAGAUAAAAUAAAUAAAAAUACACCACUUCAUGAAGCUGCUCGUAAAGGUCAUGCUCUAAUCGUGGAGCUGUUAAUUCAAAAUGGAGCUGAUCCCGACGCAAUCAAUGAACAAGGGAAGACUCCUUUCAAUUUGGCUAAAAAUGAGGAAGUAAGAAAUAUUUUAAGGCGAAUUUACACUGAACGGGGAAUUCCAUAUGAAGAUGACACUGAAUCAAUCACGCACUCUUCUCCAAUGUAUACCGAUGAUUUGGAAUCUCCAAUUUCACCAAAGUCUCCGGGUUUGGACAUUAAUUAUAGUAAUUCAAAAUCAAAUAAUGCUAUUAACGGAAAAAGUUAUGGCAACGGCCAUCUUCAUCAUCACAAUCACAUUAAUGGAAUUGAAAAAUUUAAACUUUCAUCUGCAGACGAACUGAAAUUACAAUUUUCAUCAACUCCUAAUCAUAAAAUAAACGGGAAAUCUGGGAAUGGGAACAAUUAUAGCUAUUAUAAAAUGGAUAUUGAUUAUGAAGAUGAAUUAUCAGCAGAGGAAAAUUUUCUUGCGUCGCCACCUCGUUCAUUAACCCCUACUCGAACUGCAAAUACAAGAACCACGAUAACGAAGUUUAAUUUACCACCGCCUGGUUCUGAUUUUUCUGCAAAGACUCCAUUACCAUCUCCAUCAUUUAUUACAAAUGGAACUAAAGGCAACACAUCAUCUAGUCGUGAUCCAGUACCAUCAUCAAGGUUGACUCCAAGCUCACCCAGAGAACCAUCGGCGACAUCAAGACUGAAUUCUAAUUCUAAUCGUGAAUCCCAGCAAGCAAAGUUGCCUAGCUUUGCCUUGCCUAUAAAAUUUCAGCGGAAAUUGGCCAAUGCGUGUAUAGUGCAGCGGGAAGAAUAA